UGUGCAAAUAUACUGAUGUACAGUGUAUAUUUUACAGUACGGGGCUUUAAGGAUUUUUCGUGUUUAUAUGCUCUUCUCAUUGAUCUUGUUACAGGAGCCUUCCUGAUCCCUUACUGUAUUAUGUUAUUCCUGUGUGGAGUGCCACUCAUGUUCUUCGAGCUGUGUCUAGGCCAGUUUGGACGUGAGGGUCCCAUCACAGUAUGGAAAAUCUGUCCCCUUUUCCAAGGCAUUGGUUAUGCCAUGUUCAUGAUCAGCUUCUACAUUGGGUGUUAUUAUAAUGUUGUGUUAUCCUGGGCUAUCUACUACAUCUACUCAUCAUUCACACACACCUUGCCAUGGACAUCAUGUGGGGAUGGUUGGAGCUCAGAAUUCUGUAGAGAAUUCAGCUCCAGGAAUUGUACCCUGAGUGGUGGACUCAUGAACCUGACUGGGACCUGUAUCUAUCCAAACAUGACCACUGAAGAAGAAUGGAAUAUACUCAACAAAUCCAUAAGCUCUCUUAAGAGUCCUGCUGAUGAGUUCUUCCAUAAUCAUGUCCUAGAUAUCACUGGAGGCAUUCACGACAUGGGAGGUUUCCAAGGAAAAAUUGUUGUUGCUUUACUUGUUGCCUGGAUCAUUGUUUAUUUGGUGCUCAUCAAGGGAGUCGAAACUUUUGGCAAGGCUGUGUACUUCACUGCAACCUUCCCGUACCUCAUCCUAAUUGUUCUCCUGAUAAGAGCUGCUACUCUACCAGGCUACAUUGAUGGUAUAGCUUUUUAUCUGACUCCCAAAUGGGAAAUGCUCUCUCAAGCAAGUGGAUGCCUUCGUUGUUUCCAUAGGCAACUGCCUGACCAGUUUCUUUUCUGGUUUUGUGAUCUUUGGCAUAAUUGGCUUUAUGGCUCAUGAGCUGGGUGUGCCGGUUGACAAAGUUGCAGUGCAGGGAGCGGGCCUGGCAGUGCGUGGAUUACCCCGUAGGCCGCUGGCCCGCCUGCCCAUCUGCUCGGUGUGGUUCUUGUUCUUAGCCAUGUUGCUGACUCUGGUGUCAUUGGCACGCACUGUUUAUAUCCUAACUACAUCAUCACCAACCAUUUCUGAUGACUUCACAGCCCUGCGCGGCAAGAAUUAAAGUGAAUGGGCCUUGAUGGUUGCUGCUUAGUUUUGUACGGUUGUGGGACUUUAUAUGGCAACAAAGGGUGGAAAUGUUGUUCUUACAUGAGGAUGGGAUUCUUACUCGUCUACCUUUUCGGCUCUCCAUGGGGGUGUAAAGGAGGUGACAGUUGUGACUUGGUUGUAUGGUGUUGACAACUUCCUGGAUGAUAUCAAGAAGAUGUUAGGAUAUUACCCAUACCCAAAGAUUUUUUGGAAGGCCAUAUGGAAAUUUGGCAUGCCUUUAGUGGUAUUGACAAUUUUAAUCUUCUCUUGGAUUGACUUUGUCCCGGCAAGAUAUGGAGAUUACGAAUUUCCACUUUGGGCUAAUGCUGUUGGCUGGGUUCUAUGUUUCUCAUCAGUAUUACUCAUACCAGUUGUGGCAGUUUAUAAGAUCCUGCAGGAGAAAGGCUCCUUCAUCAAGCGGGUAAAGAGGUUGAUUCACCCUCUGCCUGAGUGGGCUCCACCUGCAGAUGUAUGUAUUAGACCCAAUGACUCAUUUGGUGCCAAGCCUCUCCUUAAAGUUACAUCAUUUGAUGAAGAUACAGCAAAUAAAAUAUAAAUGGAGAAUUGCAGAUUUUUUAAAAUAAAACUGUAAACACUGUAUGCCCAAAAUAUUUGUAUCUGCACCAUGGAAAAGCCAGUGUAAGACUGAGCUACAAUGCAGUAACAAGGCAUAAGUACUCUUUAGUUAUGCUCAGACUCAGAUAAUUUAUUGGAAUACUGGAAACCAUUGAGUACAAAGGGCAUUUUUUCUUAAAUAGUUUAAAAGAAAAGCACCAAAGAAUAGAUGUGUACAUGUACCUCUCAUGUUUGUUUGGUACAGUAUGGGUGGUGUUUGAGCUGCGUGUACUUGUGCAGUUAAUUUACAAAUUAAUAUAGCAGAUAUCUGCUUUACAUGUUGACUGCAUGUAAGGUACUGAUAGGAGUAAAUAUACACAAGGGAAAUAGUACUUUGGUGUAAUUUCUAUUACAAAGUGAAGUGUGUGUAUGUUUGUAACAAAAUGAAUUAAAGUAUUAAUAUAUAAUAUAUAAAGGUAAAUAUGGGCUAUAUAGUAGUUAAUUAUGGAGAAGCAUUAAACUUAAACUCGUAGGGGUUAAUAGACUUAAAGGCUUUGCAAAGGAAUAGAUGUCUAAUACCAGUACUUUUCAUUGUGAAUUCAAGUUGUCUUAAUAAAAAUAUUGGCACUAUUUCUUUCAAAAGAGUAAAGGUUUGUAACAUGAUUUUUAAGAUAAUGAAGAGGCAGAUAUUUACUUGUUUUGUACAUUUCAUUUUUUUUUUUUAAAUAUUUGAGUUAUAUAGUAAAACAGUAUUAUCAGUAUCAUAGUUAGCUUGGUACCUGUGCAGAACUUGUAUUACUAUUAUUCACAAAAAUAUGCUAUUUUUGUUUUUUUAAUCAUUAUUACAAUCGCCUAAAGUGGUAAACUGACAAGGGUUAUGCAGCAACUUUCUAAAAUUGUGGCUCUGGUUAAUUAUCAUUAUCAAGGGUUGAGUGGCAUGGUAUUGUAAAUGGGAUAGCACUAAACAGUAAGGGGUUAAACAUUAUUAUUACUAUAUUAGGGGGAGGAGUGCUAAACUUGAAGGGGGUCAUACAGCACCUGGCCAUUAGUAGGCAAUCAGAUUUCAUUCAGGUAAGAGGAGGACAAGUACAAUUCCUUUGGAUCAAGAGCCCUUCAACAUUAUCAAGGAACCUUCCUUGAGGGGUAGGGCCAUAAAGCACUGGGAGGAGAAUAGGAAGCAACCAGGCUUGAUCCAAGAAAGUGAUGGGUAACCUCCAUUCCCCCAGAUCAUUAUUAUUAUAAUCAAAAAGAAGCGCUAAGCCACAAGGGCUAUACAGCUCCCCCAGAUCAAGUGCACCUUCCUUGAAAGUAAUGGCAUAGUGCAAUUUGAAUUAUGUAAAAUGAGAAUUUUUUUAAUUAAAAGGAUUUUAAGAGGUACAGUACUGCAUUUCUGUAUAGAUGGCAGUGUUUGUAUAACAGUACUUGAUGCAUGUUGAUGUACUGUAUAAAUACAGUAUAUAUAGAAUUUAGUGUCCAUAAAGAAAAGCUAAAAGUCUAGUAGUGUUCUUGGUAAGAUUAAAAAUUUAAUGUAUAUGCUGCUUUAUGGACUGCAUACAUUUCAAGGGAGUCAGGCAAUCACUGUGGACCAAGAAUUGUGAAAAUUUGUAAGUUUCAGAAAAUAUCAGAUAAUUCAACCGUUUGACUACACUAACUUGUAUAUGAUGCAAAUCCCAGUAUUCAAAGUACGUUUAUUCAAUAUAAACCAAAUACAGUAUAUAUACAUGCAUUAUUUUCUGAGAGGUAUCAUUUAAAUGCAAGUACAGAAUAGGGAGUCAAAUUAAAUUUUUUUUUUACUUAAUAUGCAGGGUAUUUUGUUUGAUUCUUACAUUGAUAACCACUAGUGAGGAAGCAGCAGAAUGAGCAGACCAGUAGUACAUCACAAGUUGGCGAGAUCUGGUGUAAGCCACUUGCUGCUUUCAGCAGCAAGAUACACGGGCUGAUUGAUCACAUACAUUUAUAUGUAAUAUGUAUGUGUCUUCCAAGUGGCAAAUGUUUGUUAUAAUUGCACAUUUUUUCAAUGAAUUCCAUUAUAUAGUAUAAUUCUAUUAUAGAUUGUAAUGCACAUUACACCUAUUCUGGGUGCUGGUGCUUGCAAAUGUACUGUAGAGAUUAGAGAGAUAAAACAAGUGCAGUAUUCAGCAGAUAAACUUCAUUGUGUAUGCUGAUUGAUACAGACCAUGUUGCUCUCCCAUAUUCGUUAAGGCCUUAUGGAGACAUUUACUCAGCAUCAUAAUGCUAUACCUGAUCUUUGUGCUGAUCUUUGCAUAUAAAGAAAUACUGCACUAAGGUCAUGAUUUUUACUAAAAGAUUUUCAUAUUACAUUAGUAUCACUGCUGAUAAACGAAGAUUUCAGAAAGUAUCUUGUAUAUUUUUAUCUUAGGCAUUGUUUAAAAUUUUUACAGGUAGAAGUAACCUACUUUAUGUAGGAAGUUUUUGCAUAUCAAUGACAAUUUCAUUAUAAGAGGAUUAGUCAUGUUUGAGAGAAUUAUGUAUUGCGAAAUAGUUUGUAUACAAACCUUUGUGCAUGGGAUUUAAGCAUCUAUAUAAAAGUCAGGCUUGCCAUAUUUUAGUGUAUUUGUUCGGUUAUUUUACAUGCGAAUUAUCUGAAAACUAUGUAAUGUAUUUUUACAUAGCAAGGACUUUAUUUUUGAAAGAAUUUAAUUUUUUGUGGACUUGUCCUCCCAUGAUGGAUGAGUGUAGCAGUGGCCUAACAAAAGUAGGUACAGUUGGUGUUAUUACAUUUAAAACAGCUAAACCAGCUAAGGUACUGAUUUUAAUAUAAGAGAUAGUAAUUAAUAGGUAUAGUACUGUCACUGCAAACAACUCAUGACUAUAGCAGUGUAAGAAAAUGCAUUUUUUUUUAAUCAUGAGAAAAGGUUAUAUCCAUAAGGGUCAUACAGCUCUUUGGAAAUGGGAAGUAAUCAGGUUUGAUCCAAGGAAAGAUAGCUCUAAUUCCAUAGAUCAAGAGCCCUACACCAUUAUCAGGGCAAUCCCUUUUUGGAGAUAAGACAUCAUAGCACAGUACUGGUUCAGAAUGAAUUUUGUGUCAAGUUGAUAUACGGGAAUUAUUGUUCUAUUAACUGGGUCAGAAUGAUAAUGUAUAGGCCAAUACUCUGUAAUAGUCAAUGUUAAAACAAUGUGCAAUACCAGUGUAAUAUAGUAAACUCUUGAUUUAACAGACUAAUAGGAAGAGAGGGGGCGAGAGAGGCUAGUAAUAACCACUGGUGAAUAUAGACAGUGUGUUUAGCCGUAAUUGUAGCAAAUCGAUCGACCCAGCAGAUUUUGCCCCAUAUUCUCAAAGUUGGUUAAAUCAAAGGUCUACUGUAUUUAUUUAAAUGUGACAUUUAAUGUUUUGAAUGUUAGUAUUCAGAAGCCUUGUUUAAUAGAUUAAAAAUGAAAAGCAAAGGGCUGGAAGAAUUAGUGGUGGUGCCCAAAGCUGUUGAACAAGUGGCAAAAAUAAAUAUGAGCAGGCAUAUUGUUAGAAAUCUAUAAUAAUUCCAGGUGUGUAGUAUGUAUUAUAUUGUAUAUUCAAAUUAAAUUUUAUUAAACUUUAUAAUACUGCAAAGUAUUCCAAUUAAUGUUAAUUAUUUAAAUUGUAGAUAUAAUGAACUUGUUAAAUUAUCACCAAUAUUUUAUUUUAUUUUAUAUAUUUUGUUGACACAUGAUUGUGACAUGUCUUUGUAACAGAUAUAGAAUUAAACUUAGUUUCCAAA